AUGACUUCCGAUUUCCUCAACAGCCUCAUCGGCACUUGGAAUCUCAUCUCGUACACAGCGGCUUCCGUCACCGAUCCAUCCGACAUACUCCUGCCGCUCGGCGCCUGUCGCGGCCGCGCCAUCUUCUCUUUAGACGGAUACGUCUCGGCGUACAUCCAAGCCACCAACAUCCAGCCAUAUUCGGAAGGCCGUUUCCACGCGAGCACAGAGGAGCUGGCUAAUGCAGCGAAGCGCACAAUAGCGUAUACAGCUCCGUAUCGCCUUGAGGAAGACAAGGCGCAAUCCAGUAAAGCGACUAUUUAUUACGAUGUCGAGAUGAGCAUGCCGCCGAACUGGAUCGGGACAACUGAGAUAAGGGUGCUAGAAAUCGAGAAGGGCGACGAUGGAGACAUGUACAUGUAUUUGAGACCGCCUGGGACGGUGGAGUUGGGUGGAGUAAUUCGAAAGGUAGAGGUCAAGACCAAGCGUGCCGGGGACAAUUCACAUGGUGGGAAGGUUGACAGUGGCAAGCAAAAAGAACGACUUUGA